GCGAUACGCGUGAUAUAACCUGGUACAAUUAGUGGCAAACGCGUGCGUUCACAUGUGUUCUUGUUUACGAUAUGUUUGUUGUAGCUUAUUACCUUUUAUUAACAAAGUAGCAAGUAACAAUUUAUUGCGAAGCGUUUAAUUAGUUAAAUAUUAACGCUUGUCGCUUCCUAAUCGUUGUGUUCCUUGGUGCAAACAAUGAAAGUAUUAGAAACUUCCGCGAAAAACGAAGGCUUGUUGAAGCAAGCACGAGUUAAAUUCAAAACCAAUGAAAUAGAGAGCGUUAAAACCUUCGCAAGAGACGAUAGUGAUUAUGAGGAGGAGGAAAAUGAAUCUGACGGCUCAGGGAUGGAGGGAGACGCAAGUGAGCCGAUGCAAGUGCACGAUGCUGAGUCCACUUCGAAUGCAGGAUGGGCGGAUGUUAUGCAAAAGAUUCUAAAAGCAAAUAGGCCGAAAGGAAAGAAGACAGUGGUACUGGCCAAAGCAAAGAAAUUGUGUGACGUAAAAGUGAAAGAGGAGGAAGAAGACGUGCCCUUCGAAGUCGUUGGCAAGGAAGAGAAAACCGAUCCAAAAGAAGCUGGUGUUAAAACAGUAGAUCAGACUGUACCAGCUAAGCUGAGGAUAAGGGAGAAAAGUCUUGGCGUCAGGGUCAAACCGUCCAUUACAGAUCGGGAACGUGAGAGAAUGCUGCAAAAGAUAGCCACGAAAGGCGUUGUGCAAUUGUUCAACGCAGUGAAACAGCAACAAACAGACAUCAGGAAGAAAAUGGUGCGAGCAGGACCGUUGGAAAGGAAACGCGAGCAGGUGCUCAAGAACAUCGAUAAAAAUGCCUUCCUCGAUAUUCUCAUGGGUGGCAGUAAAAGCGUACCAGUCGAUAAUCCGGUUAAAUCUGACAAGACUGUGGAAGAAAGUACGGUACAAAGUAACAAAAACAAAAACGAUAAGAUUUGGAGUGUCCUUCGAGAUGACUUCGUCAUGGGGGCCAAGUUGAAGGACUGGGAUAAGAGGGAUGCCGAAGAAGAGGAUUCUUCUGCUCCCGAGGAGAUGGACAGUGAUUGAAAACCCAGAAAAUCAGGUUAUAAAAGGUUUGAAUUUGUGAACGCCUUAUCGGGAACUAGGAAUUGCCAUAAAUUGCUGUAAAAAGCCAACAAUAAUAACUGUUAAAGGAAAAUUGGCAAGGAACAUUACAGAAUCCAGAUUUGAUUUUGCACGUUUGAAAGUUUCAUCUUUAGAAGGUAGAGUGUCAAUGAAUUGCUGAUUUAUUGAAAGAUUAAAAAACUUUCAAAUGUACAGUUAGUAUAAUUCAUUAUCUUGAAGCGUAAGUAAUGCAAUUACUUAGUUAAUUAGAUAUCGAUAUCGACUAUAUUCAUAGUUUUUUUUGGAAUAAAUAUGCAGAUAUUCUGAAUUAAAGAUCCUAUAAAUUAUUCAAUUUGUCAAUUUGUGCAUUUAUAGCUUUAGCCUCUCGUUUCUUAUUCUCCAAUCGGUGUGUAUAUAUACCUAUUAUAAUUAGUAUAACAAUACAUAUGUACAGUAUAAAUUCUAAAUAGAUUUCUCGUUACGAGACUAUUUAUUAAUAUCGUUUAUAUCU